GGUUGUUUGGGGGGGGAGGCCUUGAAGAUGGCGGCCGCGAGUGACUUGCGGUUCAUGUUGACAAUCUGAUGAUUGCACGCUGGGGAUUUAGUUUUUUUGUUGUAUUUUCUUUAGGAGAAUACAGAAGAGUCGUGAAUAUAAAAAAAUAGCUUUAUAGUCAGCACUGGAUAUUUUUGCGGCUUAGCUGAAGACGCACCAUCAUGGCGACUGACAUCGGCUCCCCGCCGCGCUUCUUCCACAUGCCUCGGUUCCAGCACCAGGCGCCUCGGCAGCUGUUCUACAAGAGGCCGGACUUUGCGCAGCAGCAGGCCAUGCAGCAGCUCACUUUUGACGGCAAGCGCAUGAGGAAAGCAGUGAACCGAAAGACCAUCGACUAUAACCCGUCGGUCAUCAGAUACCUCGAGAACCGCCUCUGGCAGCGGGAUCAUCGAGAUCUUCGUUCUGUCCAGCCUGAUGCAGGUUGCUUUAACGAUCUCGUUCCUCCUGUCGGUAUGCUCAAUAACCCCAUGAACGCAGUGACUACAAAGUUCGUCAGAACAUCCACGAAUAAAGUGAAGUGCCCAGUGUUUGUAGUACGGUGGACCCCUGAAGGCAGGCGGCUCGUAACCGGGGCCUCGAGUGGGGAAUUCACCUUAUGGAACGGCCUUACCUUUAACUUUGAGACCAUUCUACAGGCACACGACAGCCCGGUACGCGCGAUGACGUGGUCUCAUAACGACAUGUGGAUGCUGACCGCCGACCACGGCGGCUACGUGAAGUACUGGCAGUCCAACAUGAACAACGUCAAGAUGUUCCAGGCGCACAAGGAGGCGAUUAGAGAGGCCAGUUUCUCUCCUACGGAUAAUAAAUUUGCAACUUGCUCCGAUGACGGAACUGUGCGCAUCUGGGACUUUCUGCGCUGCCACGAAGAAAGAAUACUCCGAGGUCACGGCGCAGACGUCAAGUGUGUCGACUGGCAUCCCACCAAAGGCCUGGUGGUCUCGGGCAGCAAAGACAGCCAGCAGCCGAUCAAGUUCUGGGAUCCAAAAAAUGGCCAGAGUCUGGCAACAUUACAUGCUCAUAAAAACACGGUAAUGGAAGUGAAGUGGAACCUGAACGGAAACUGGCUCCUCACGGCGUCGCGUGACCAUUUGUGUAAACUGUUCGACAUUCGCAACCUGAAAGAAGAGCUGCAGGUGUUCAGAGGACACAAAAAGGAAGCUACAGCUGUCGCCUGGCACCCGAUCCACGAGGGUCUUUUUGCGAGCGGAGGCUCUGACGGAUCACUACUCUUCUGGAAUGCUGGAGUGGAGAAGGAGGUGGGUGGUAUGGAGAUGGCUCACGAGGGUAUGAUCUGGAGCUUAGCCUGGCAUCCUCUCGGCCACAUUUUAUGCUCAGGGUCUAAUGACCACACCAGCAAAUUCUGGACCCGAAAUCGUCCAGGAGAUAAAAUGCGUGACCGGUACAACCUAAAUCUCCUACCUGGAAUGUCAGAGGAUGGAGUCGAAUAUGACGACAUGGAGCCCAACAAUCUGGCCACCAUUCCUGGGAUGGGGAUCCCGGAGCAGCUAAAAGCCGCCAUGGAGCAGGAACAAACUAACAAAGAGACAGUACCGGAGGCUGAGAUGAGCAUCCCAGGGCUGGAUUGGGGAAUGGAUGAGGUGAUGCAAAAAGACCUGAAGAAACCCCCAACAAAGAAGGUUCCCUAUGCAAAGCCAAUUCCCGCUCAAUUCCAGCAGGCCUGGGCAGAGAACAAGGUACCAGCUAUGGUUCCAGGGGAGCCUCCCAAAGAAAGGAAGGAUGAGAAGGUGGAUCUCAAGAAGAAGUCUCAGGCUGAAAUCGAGCAGGAGAUGGCUGCACUGCAGUACACAAACCCCAUGCUGUUAGAGCAACUGAAGAUUGAGCGAAUGGCCCAACUCCAGGAUCAGAGCAUGCCACCUCCUGGAGGUCAACCAGGCUCCAUGCCAUCCUCUGGACAAGGAGGCCCCAUGGCACCGCCUCCACAGGGCUUUCCACAGUCAAUGCCACCGCAACAGAUUCCUCCCAACAUGGGCCCUCCGAUGGGUCCAGGUGGCAUGCCUGGUCCGUAUAUACCACCAGGUCAGAUGGGACCUCCCGGUCCUCUGCCUCACCAGGGUCCUCCUUCGCAAGGCAUGAUGGGACCUCCGGAUCAUCACGGACCUCCACGCCACCCUGGACCCCACAGGAAUAUGGGGUCUCAUGGAAUGCCCCCAGGGCCCAGGGGCAUGCAGGGUCCUCCUCCAGGUCCAAUGGCUUCAGGACCACCUUCAGGAAACAUGAUGGGACUUCCACCUCGAGGUCAAGGGCCACCCCAGGGUGGAAUGAUGCACCAGGACAUGCGUGGACCAACACCUCACGGGAACAUGAUGGGUGCCCAGGGCCCUCCACCAGGAGGAAUGAUGGGACCUCCACCCAGAAAUCACGGCAUGGGGAACAUGCAUGGAAUGGGGCCUCCUCCUGGAGUGCACGGGCCUCCGAACAAUAUGCAGGGUCCAUCGGGUAACAUGCAAGGACCUCCUUAUAUGCAGCAGGGCAAACUGCCACACAUGGGCGAGGGGAAUAGAGGACAGUUCAGCCAGGGACAGAAUUCUGGCCCGCAGUCAAUGAUGCAUGGUCCUGGUGGAAAAGAUGGACCUCGAGGGCCUCCAAACCACCACAUGGGACCUCCACAUGAACACCAGGGAUCAGACGGAGGUUCUCAGUACUGGCCAGAGGAUGGAGGCUAUCAAGAGAGCUGGAGGAGACCAGGACAGGACUUCCAUGGAGAUCCCAGGGGCCACCGAGGAGGUUCUGGAGGACAGUGGGAAAACCAGGAGAGGUUCCCUUCUCAUGACGAUGACUAUGAAAGGUUUGAUGAUGGGUAUGAGGGUGCGGUAGAUGGGUACGACCAAAGGCUGAGACGACCACCACAUUCUGAAGAUUCUUUCAGGAGAGGUGGAAUGAGCGGACGCGGAGGCAGAGGAAGUUACCAGGACGAGUACGGAGGAGACGAGAGCUUUGAUUCUCAGGAAGAGAUGGGCCAGGGCUGGGGGAAUGGAGGGAGAGGGAGGCCGCGUGGAGGAACACCACGUGGAGGAACACCACGUGGAGGUGGUGUAGGAAGAAAGGGGCUUCUGCCAACUCCUGAUGAGUUUGCGGCUCACUACGAAGGAGGAAGAAACCAGGAGGGUUGGGAGGGAGGGCGAGACUCAGGUCAUGAGGGCUAUCGGGAAGGCCAGAGAGGUGACCACAGCAUGCACGACAGCCCGUCUGCAGUCAGCAGGGAGCGCUCUUCUUCACUACAGGGCAUGGACAUGGCCUCACUCCCACCUCGCAAGCGUCCCUGGCAUGACGGCCCGGGCACGGGAGACAUGGACUCACCUGGAGCUGGACCUGAUGACCGAGGGGCAGGUCGGCCUCCACCACGUGACGACGUCAGUUACGGUCCUCCUCCAUCCAGAAGCAGUAGAGGAGGGUGGGUUCGCGGUGGCCGUGGACUGAGAGGAGGCCGGGGACGGUAGGGGGAACUAUGCUCGUAAGACAGUGGGUGGGACACUGUGGAUUGAAAAUCAAGGAACAAAAAAAAAAUAAAAAGCCACAGAUCUGCUUCAUCAGCUCCGGAGUCUCGACGCCUAUCUGCGCGUUUUCUCCAGUUCGUCCUGAGGUCGUAGUGGCUCAUGUUCUUCGUACCAAUUAUAGAAAAAUGAGCACGUUUGAGGACUGUACGCUGUGACUGAGCAUUCUUCACUUAAUUGCUCAGGCUGACCGGAAUCUGACACUUGGACACCACAGAUAAAAGACUAGCGAACACCUUUCACUUCAUUUUGGAGUGUUUUUGAACAGUCCUUCACCAAAUACUCUACAAUGCACUAUCCGGAGUCUGUUUCUCACACGGAAAAUCACUGAUGUUCACUGGACUGGCUCAGAGCUUUCCCCACUCCUCUUCAAACUUCAGAAUGCACCAUGUGCACACCUCCAAUCCAGUGACUGAAAUAAGUCUCAUCCAGACGAUCAAUUUUAUGUAAAAAAAAAAAAUAAUAUUGAAAAGAAUUCUGGAAACCUGAGCAGUCUCGUGGGGCUGCAGACUUUCUUUCAACGUGUACAGUUUGUCAAAAGGUUGUCAUAUUUGUUUUGUGCAUUUUUGUAUGAGAUGGCAAUAGAAGUUUGUGCAAGAUUUAUAUCAAA